AUGGCGAUGAUGAUGACUGGCCGUGUGCUGCUGGUGUGUGCCCUCUGCGUGCUGUGGUGCGGUUUUUCUGGAAUUGCGGCCGACGGUGCUGGAGGUGUUCCUGAUGGCAGUGCGGGUGAGUGUUUGUUUUCUCGUUGGCGCGCUCAGCUGCGGAGGGAAUGCGCGGAGGUCAGCAGGAGGACAGGAGGCCGUGCGAAUGCGUCCGCUGUUGAGGAAUGCAUGCGUCGGAGGAUGGACGGUGUUCUUGCCGUUGUGGAUGGCCGUCGUCGUUGGAGGCGUCAACGUCCUGCCGUUGCUGCUGCUGCUGAGAACGCCGAUGAGCUUGGCACGGAGAACACCUCCAGUGAAAGGAACGUUUUGUCGGGAGGUAAUGGGUCGGGGUCUGAAGAUGCGCACGUACGGGGGGGGGAUUUACAUUCUGAAUCACGUGACGGUGUUGUACGACCAGAAGGUGCAACAUCGGAGGAAUUGAAUGUGAACUCCAAUUCUCACACGGAGGCGUUGCCCACAAAGGAAAUAAGGCAGGUCAUCCCCGAAAGUAUUUCACCUGUAAGUUUACCAGACAGUAAAGAAGUGGAAGAAGAUACCGCAAGUAAGGAUGAUAAAACGCAGGAAAUAUUAGUUACCGGUGAACAGCAGGCACUCCAGUCAUCUUCUUCUCUAGGAGGGAAUUCUCCUGCUAGCGACCAGGGGGCGGAACUCACUGCGGCAGAGAAUCCCCAAAAUGGUAAGAAAGGGGAAGCGGAAAAAGAAAAAAACCUUUCGGACAAAAACGUACCAACAGGAAGUGAUCCAUCUGCCACAAAUUCUAAUGACAAUGCACCAACUAAACUUCAAGCGGAAACAACUCUACCCUCACCUCCCAAUGCGAAUUUUUCUGCCAAACAUCACACCGACGAGGGUGCUGCGAAGACGAUUCUGGACGCUAUUCCUCUUUCUGGUGCCGCAGUGACAGAAGAAAAUCCCACACUUCGACACACGACGGAUCGUCCCAUACAAACAACACAAGUUGAAGCCACCUUUGCCAAACCCGAAAAUAACGCGGCACCGCGCGACAGUAACAGCAGUAGUCAAAUCUCCAAGGGUGCAAGCAGCACUUCCAAUGAAAGCGUGACACAAAACGCUGUGGAUAAAGAAGUUGAAACAACGCCGGAUGGCACAAACAACACAGCGUCUGAAACCAACAAUUCCACAAAAGCACCAGACAACGCCACUAAUAAGAUAAACACGGUGACUCUCACCGACGGUGACAGCAGCACCGCGGCCUCCCACACCACCUCCCCUCUUUUGCUUGUUGUUGUUGCGUGUGCGGCUGCUGCUGCAGUGGUGGCCGCGUGA